AUGACAACACGAAUAAAUGAUGUUUUACAAACAAUUCCACCGUUAUUUCCUCAAGUAACUGAACCGAUGGAUCUCGGGCAAUUUUUACCAUCACAACAAACGAAAUUAAGUGAUUUAUUAAAUAUAAAUUCAUUAAGUGAUUGCUUAUUAUCAUUAGCCAAAUUACCUGAUCAACAUGCUGUAUUAGUUCUUCAACCAGCUGUUGAAACAUUUUUUCUAGUUCAUGCUGCUGAUUUAGAUAAUGAAAAUGAAAAAACAAGUCGAAAGAAAAAAGAUCGUGAAACAUGUGAAGCUUUAUCGCAUUUAGAAUGUUUUAGUCCAGUAUCAACAACAAAACCUGAGGACCGAGGUGCACCUGAUGAACCUCUUACUCUACCUUCAGCAACAAACACAACAACACUAGCUGAUUCAUCAAUGUCAACACUUAUUGUACGUACUCCAACAUCACAAACAAUAUCAACAAAUGACUUACCAUUAGAUGCACAAAAAUUUGUUGAAUUGGCGCGUACACAUCGUACUGUAUUAAAUCAAAUCUUACGUCAAAAAAAUAUGGGCGGAGAAGAUUUAACUGUACAUGUUAGACGUAAUAAUGUAUUCGAAGAUUCAUAUAGAGAAUUAAGUCGACGUUCAUCGGAACGUUGGAAACAUAGAUUCUUUGUUGUAUUUGAUGGUGAAGAAGGACAAGAUGCUAAUGGUCUUUUACGUGAAUGGUAUUCAAUAAUAGCACGUUCAAUGUUUGAUCCAAAUUAUGCUUUAUUUAUGAUCAAUCCAGGUGAUCGUGUUACUUAUAUGCCUAAUCCAUUAUCACAUUGUAAUGCAAAUUAUUCUCAAUAUUUUAAAUUUAUUGGUCGUAUUAUAGCUAAAGCUAUAUUUGAUAAUAAAUAUAUGGAUUGUUAUUUUACACGAUCCUUUUAUAAACAUAUAUUAGGUGUACCUGUACGUUAUACGGAUAUGGAAUCAGUUGAUUCACAAUUUUAUAAAAGCUUAGUUAUGUUAUUCGAAAAUGGCAUACAUGAAUGGGAUUUAGGCUUAACAUUUUCAUUAGAUGCAUUUGAAUUUGGUGAAAAUAAAGUUAUUGAAUUAAUACCCAAUGGUUCAACUACUAUAGUUACAAAUGAGAAUAAACAUGAAUAUGUUAGACUUGUUUGUCAAGAAAAAAUGAUUGGAUCUAUUAAACAAUAA